CACCCUUCUCCUUCUUCCUCUUCAUUUUCUCCGCCUUUCUCCUUUUUCCUCUUCAUUUUCUCCACCUUUCUUCCUUCGUCCUUCUUCUUCAUUCUCUUCUAAAGCCCUAAAAUGGAACAUCCUUUCUUCAUCAACAGUGACCCUCCAAUCAAUCGAUCAAAAGCUUUCCGUUUUCUAUCAAUCGCUGAAAAUCUCUUAUCAAAUCGUGACCUAGUUGGUAGCAAGUCAUUCGCGACCCGGGCCCUUGAAUCCGACCCGACAUAUGUACAUGUUACCAACCAAAUACUCAGCAUCGUUGAUACUUUGAGUGCCGGCGACAGACUUAUUAACAAUCAUCACUUUGACUACUACUCUAUCCUCCAAAUCCCUUCUAACCAAACCCAAAAUGCCGAUUUCAUCGCCGAACAGUAUCGCCGGCUUAAGUUUCUUCUGAAUCCUCAGACCAACACUUUUCCAUUUACUGGUCAGGCUUUCCAUCUUGUCAUUGAUGCAUUCACAGUUCUUUCUGACCCCUUGAGAAAAAGUAUGUAUGAUAAGGAGCUGGGUCUCCUCCGUAACCCUUACCAAGUUGUUGCUUCUACAUCUAUCCCUGUGCAUCAGAGUGUUUAUCCUUCAAUGCCCAGUCCGAAUGCAGACCUAAUGUUUGUGAAUUUGUUUACUCAAGAUCAAGGGCCACAUGCUGCUGGAGUAAGCUUCAGUAGAAACCCACAAGCUGGAAUGUCUAUGCCAGUGACAUUUCUGACUCAUGAACAAGAAACUAUGACCUCUAUGGAAAGCUUGCCCAUUGAGCAGCAACUGCAACAACCUGAAACAUUUCUGAAACAAAAGACACAACCCGUGACUCCCAUUUCAUUUUCAAACACAGAUGAACAACCUACCUCAUCCUUUUCUUUGAACCAGCCACAGCUGUUAACCUCUAAGAGAAGCUUUAAUAGAGAAAACCCACCAUUUGGUACCGGGGUGAGCUCGACACAAGGGCGAGAAGCAGUGGUUUGUGCAGAGCAACAUGGGAAUCAACAGCCCCUGGAGAGAAAUGAGAAUGUGGUUGGGAACAAUGCAAAUAAGUCUGCAAGUACUGGUGACAAUGUGAAGGAGAAAGAAGGGAAUGUAGAUGCAUCAGGUAAGAGUAUACCCAGUUUCUGGACUGCAUGUCCUUAUUGUCUCUUUAUGUAUGAGUACUCAGUGGAGUAUACUCAUUGUACUUUAAGGUGUCCAAAUUGUAAGAAGGGUUUUCAAGCUGUACCAAUUGCGUCUCCUCCUCCAAUUAUUGAUGGAAAAAUAAAUAACUUUUGUAAUUGGGGAUUUAUGCCUUUUGGAUUAUCCUUGGAGGAUUUUAAUAGAAAUAUAGGUAACGCUUCGAGCUGGUCUCCGUUUUCGCCCAUGUUUACCUGUCCGCUAUUUGAGUGGCAUGGAGGGAGUAAUGUGAACAAUCAGUCUGUUGGAGGACAGAGUAAUGUGAAUAAUCUUGGUAGUUCGCAUAAUGCUGGUGGAUCGAAAAGUGGGGGUGGACGAAAGCAUUUUUCUCCCAUAAUAUGUAUUGAUGAUGAUGCGUUGGUUGAGGCAUCACAGUCAGAUGAGGAGUCAAAUGUGGAUUGGAAUCGGAAUAAAGAGAGGAAGAAAGCAAAGAAUGGGAAGCGGAAGUGUGCAAGGAAAAAAACCCCAAGUAAAAAUGCCAAGAAACAGCAAGCUGAUUAAGGAAAAAACUGUUGAAGGGAAUAAUGAUGUCAAUUUGCAAUAUGGUUUAGUAAUUCAAGGUGGCGUAGAAAUACCCAUGCUGUAACAGUGAGUCAAGUAACAGAGGUGUCGUAAGUAAGGCAAUAAGGCACCUUGUUGGGUUGCAAAACACUUAGGAAUGUAAAUUUGAAUGUGUAGUUCAGUAAUGAGGUUGAAGAGCCUAUAAUUCAGAUGGGCCAAGAAAAUGAAGCAGGAGAAGGAGAGGGUGAUACUGUUGAUGUAGUUGGGUUUUUUAAAGGUCUUGAUGAGUUCCGUAGCAGUCUUCCUAUACUUAAAGCUGAGGAUGGUGAUAAGGUGGAGGCUGCCUGUUAUAACUCCUUAGUCUCCCAACAGUUUACAGUAGUAGCUAUUUGCUUGUAGCUCAUUUUAGUAGUAGUAAGUCUUUAUUGUUGUUAGCAGUUUCUCAUUCCAGUAAUGUUAGGAAGUAAUGUCCUAGUUUCUAGGGGUAGUUAUCUUAUAAAUAUUGUAUUUGAACUCUAUGUUUAUCCUAUGAAAUCUAAGCAGAAAAUUGUUCCAUUUUUUGAGUACUUUAAUCCAACAGAUUGCAGGUUCUCUAACGAACCAGCGCCAUAAGCUGUAGGAAGAAAACAACAGAUUAAGUCUUGCAGCGUUCCAUUACUAGAUCCAUAACAGGGGACUGUAACACUGCCUAGCAAAGUAAGGCACUUUUUUGUUUGUAGUUGUUCCUUUAAUUUUUGUCUGCUGGAUGCUGUAGUUAACAAUGGUGUAGAGUUACUCCGGCACUUGUGUUGAUAUUUCUAUUGUAAUGCCAAUAUAUUUCUAUUCUCUUCGGAAGUAGCUUCAGUAAUCAGUUUACUGCUUCUAUCUCCAUGCUCCUUGAGUAAUUUUAUUAUUAGUAAUCAUAGUUUUUGUUAAUAUUGCUUAGUUCUUUUCUUCCAUUCUAAUAAGUUCGUCUUUUCAUUUUUUAAGAGAUGAAAUGGGGCUAUCAUGGCCUCAUUUUCGCACUAUGUGAUCAUUGCAAAACAAAGUUUAAUUGCAAUUCGAACUCCUGUCUAUGUCAAAAGUAGUCAUUGCAAGGUGACAACAAAAUAUCUUUUUCAGUUUAGUUCUGUCCCUUGUUACAGAAUGUCACAUUGUUAUUUUCAACAUCUGUAUAACUGAUCUCUGUCUGGAAUGAUCUGAAAUGCUAAGCACCAAUUUACCACAGUAGUCUAGUUUCAAAAUUUAGCUCAAUACUCUCAUUAGAGUGUACUCUUUUUUUAAAUAUUCAUGUUUUGUUUUAGAUGUGCUAGGUUGCUUUGAUUUUGGAUCUCUCAUUUAUUUGUGAUGAUGUGUCCAUGUUUGAUGUUGCUGGUUUUUGAUGUUCCUUUUUCAUAUUCCUAUAUAAAAAAUGUGGAUAUUAAUUUUUCACGAGAAUCAUCACUUUUUUCGGAAUAAUUUCAUUUUUUUCAAAACCAAUGUUUGGUUAUAAAUUUCCAAAUCCAACUUAGAGUUGGAUUCCAAAUUUGGAAUAGUGAUCCAAACCUAUUUUCCAACUCUUGUCUUCAUAAAUUUCACAAAAAAAGUGCUCUAAUAUGUCCUUUGUAAAAAGUAUAACCAAACAUAACUCCAUCUUCGUAAAUUGCAAUAAAGUGAAAAAUCUUCGGGAUCUAUGACCAAACCCCUACGAUAUUACAAUGCAAAAGUAAUCCAUGAAUCAUAGUCAUAGAGAUAAAGAUUUCAAUAACAUCAAUCGCAAGUUUGAGCUCUGUACCAAGAAAAUUAUGCCUACGAUUAGGAUUGGUUCUUUCAAGUAAUGAUGAUUGAGUCUUGAGCUAUGACGAGAUGGAGAUAGUGGAAGUAGUUUCUGAUCAGGUGGCUGUGACUUUGUCCCAUGCAACUGUUCUUGAUGAGUCUCAGUCAAUGAGGGAGAAAAGUAGAAUUGAGAAAUUGUGUGCUGCAGCAGGCUAAAGACUAGAUAGAAUGCUAUGAAGGCAAGCCAGACAAGGACUUCGUUUCAGAAGCAAUGGAAUGAGGCAGACGGUGCACUCAAUUUUGUGUUUGCUCUCCAUAUUUCAAGAUGAGAAAGCAAGCUUUUACCAGAAGUUUUUUGUAAACACAAUGGUGAAAACACACUUUUCUCUCCAUAUUGACAGAUGUUGUGAUAGCAAUAUCUUCCAAAGAUAAGGCCUUCGGAUUUUCUACAGUUUUUCUUACUUCUUUGCCUAAUCAGGUGAUGGGCGAUGAGAAGAGAACAUUUUAUGUUUGUUACAUAUGGUAGGACAUUUGUUAAAUGUCAGCAUUGGAAAGGGCUCUGUUAUAUUUGGAGUGGUUUUAGAGACUGGAGCUGAUUGUGGGAAUGACAGUUUGGGUUACAAGAAAAUGAUUCACAACAGAUGAAUAUGUGGCCAUAUAAUUAUAUAUUGAGGUUAGUUUUGAAGGCUUUUAAUCAGAUAGCUCAAUCUCCACCAUUCAUUUGUGUGGAAGAAGGCGUAACUUUCAGGGAGGUGAUGAAGGGCUGGAGUUUUAGCAUUUGCAAAAAGAUUGUCCAGGUUAGAAUACAUGCUGUUGUUUUCCCGAUUGACCUUGUCAUUAUGUUCUUAUUUAAAUUGGUUUAUAUAGCUAACAAGUAUCUGUUGAUGACUGUUGUCUUGAUCAUGUAUAAGUACUGUUCAUGGCUUGUGUGAUAUACAUACAUGCUGCCAUGUAGGUCUGAAAUUCAAUUUGUUUGGAUUUUCGGAUACCGAUUGAUUUUGGAUUUAACUUCUAAAAUAUUCAGAUUUUAGAUUUCUGACUUUGGAUUUUCGGAUCUGAAAAUCUAGUUUUUUAAUACCUUAUAUUUAUCCUUGCAUAUUAGACAAGCCCAUGUACCCAAUAUAAAGUCCAGUGCCCUACUAAAUCAGUCAUUGUACCUUAUUAUGCUAAUGGAUAGUGCAAACUGAGUUUUAUUCACCGUGACUGUGCUUUUUAUUCUUAUUUGACGAGUUGUGGGUUUUGGCACUGGGUCCUUAUGGAAGCAUGUUAAUUGAUAUUUAAAUCACAUAGAACAUAUAAGUAUUGAGUAAUGUUGAAUUGAAUAUGAACUGUUAGUAGUAUGAUCUAUCUAUACAUGAUUUUACUUUGUUAAGAUUCGAAAUUUCUUUUAUAGUGGUUUCAUUGUUUGAAUGAAUAUUCUAUUUGGAUGAUUGUCGUGUGAAUGAGAAAUCAUUAAAGACAAUGUGACAUGAAUACUUUACUAGGAUGUUUAUUUUUGCAAAAAGAAGCUUCACUUACAAUCUCAACACCAAAAUCUGCAAUAAUCAAACGGUGUAAUCUGAAACUGGACUUGCGCAAACUGAUCAAUCAAACUUAGUUGGUAUGAUCACCUACCCAGUAUCUUACCCCCCCCCCCCCCACAACCACAACCACCACCAAAAAAAAAAAAAAAGAAGAGGAAGAGGAACUUGAUAUAAAUGAAAAUUUGACUUCCCUCUUUUCUUAUCGACCAUUACUUCGUUGAAAGAUCUCAGAAUAAAUGCAGCUUGAGGACUUCUUUUUUUUUCAAGCAGGAGAUGGUUCUUUAAUUACUGUUCAUCUGUAAAUCUUUAGGUAAAGAAGUCUCUAGGAUGCAAUAUGAGGUUUUAAAAAAGAAGAAAUAUCAGGAAAAGACGAUUCCAAAAAAAAAGAAAUAUCAGGAAAAGAAUAAAAAAAUACUAAAGGGAUGAAAAGCAAGCAAGAAAGCUUAUGAACUAAAAUUGAAAGAUUGAUAUAUUUCACUGCAGUCAAAGGAUACAAUUUUUAAUAAAAGUACUCACGUCUAAAAUAUAAAUAAGCAAAAGAUGUGCUGAAAAUACCAAAUUCAUGAAGUCUAGAAAAUACUCUUUACUCAAAAUUCAAAUAGAAAUCAACUCCUAACUAAAAGGGAUAACUAGUUGACUAGGUCUAUCUUAAUAAAUUACUGCACUAAAAACUUUGCAAUUCUAAAGUAAAUAUUCAACACUCCUUGCUUUAGGAGCUGCAAAAUUUUGGUCUUCUAUCGUGAGAUCUCCUCACUUGAUAACUGAAAGUGACUUGGUGAAUAAAUGUGCAGUUUGAUAUUUGGCCUUGUACUGAACAAAAUUCACUUAUCAUCUUGAAUGCAACCCUUGACUACUAAAUCUUUUUGGCAUGUCUUCCUGAUUCGUUUGCAUCUUGAAUUUAAACUUACCCAUUUUAUUUUCAUGAAACAUAGAUAACUCCUCCAUUGCUUCAAUUUCUUUAGGAACAUUGGAAGAUCCUUCAAAAUUAGCUGGUUCACAUUUUGCUUGUGCUUUUCAUAUGGAAGAUCAUCUUCUAAUUUUCCAGCCUAUGAUCAUUUUCAUGUUCUACAGCAACACUUUUGUGUUUCUGAUUGUAAGUAUUACUGGAAUAUGUCCUGAGUAUUCCUGUGUUUAUAAUACAACUUACCUUUUCUCAAAAAAAAAAAGAACAUCUUUCAGUGGAUCAAAUGAGAAAUGUUUACCUAUCAUCUUGAUGUUUAAAACUUUUUUUUUCAACACCAUCAUUGAUGAAAAUGUUUAUCUUCAAAGGAUACUUUGUAUCCUAUUUCUAUCAACUUACAAAUACUCAACAAAUUCUGAUCAAUAUCUACAUAAGAACAUCUGAAAUUGCCUUGUUACCUGAACUUGUUUUGAUGACAACCAUUCCUUUUCCUUCGACAAAAAUCUGGUCACUGUUUCCGAUCCUUACUUUGGAUAUUUCAGUAGGCUUUAAUUUUUUAAACACACUCUUGUCAUAAGUCGUGUAUUUAGAGCAACUGCUAUCAAUCGACCAAAAAUUUGAUGAAAUCUUACUUGAGGUACAUGUUGCAACAAAAAGAUUGUCGUCUUUUUUUUUUCAUUGACCACACAUGCAUUUGCUUCAUGGUUCUCAAAUUUGUUUUCGCAAACCACUGCUUCAUAGCCUAGUUGAUUGUACUUGCUGCAUUGGCGUCUGCCUUCUCCAACUUCUGUAUGGUGGAUUCAUUUUUCUGCCAUGCCCACAAGGUGGGUAAUUUUUCAAAUUUUUACCCCUGCUUUGAGUUUUAUGGCUGACUGCUAAGGCUCCUUCAACCAUAAUAUCUUGCCUCACAAAGUCUCUUUUGCUCCUGUGCCGGAAAAGAAUUUAACAACUCUGCCAAGGUAAUCUUGGACAGAUCUUCGUGUAUUUCCUAGGUAGUUAGUUAUACAUGCUUCAUAUCUUUCGGGGGGUGUAACAGAAAAAUUUUCAACAAUUCUUGAAUCUUUAAAUUCAGUGCCUUGUAGUCUUAUUUUGUUAACAAUGCCAAGCAAUUUGUCCAAGUAUUCCUUGACUAUCUCAAGGUCUUUCAUUCUCUGCAGCUCGAACUCACUUAUUUAAUUCAGUACAUACUUGCAUUCCUUGAAUUCCUUCAUCUCCAGCAUAUUCUUUCCGGUUAAUCAUUUCUUUUGGUGAUGUGAGGGACAUAAUUCUUGUGAAAAUAGUUGUUGAAACAGCAGCAAAUAGAGUUGCUUUUGCAUUAUUUGGCAGCGAAUUGUCUCAACUAAGGCUUGAACUGAUGGAAAUAAAUCACCCAGUGUUUUUGCUUCCACUGGGUUUUGCCCACGAGACCUUGUGAUUCUCAACACGCUUCACGGCCCUUGAAUGCAAAAGAUGUACACUAGAUGUUAGUUAGCUUCAUUUAGUUCCUAAUGUGAAACUAGAUACAAGUAUCUUCAUGCAAAAUGUCACCUGGAAUAUGUAGCGCUCAUAUCUGCUUGCAUCAGAUGUGGCGUGAGAGGGAGAGAGAGAAAGGGUAAAGGAUUGGCUAUAUAUGAGAAUGAAAGAUGUAAGGAUGCAGCUAAAGAUGUUGCCUGCCUACAUUUAUCUGAGCUCAAGGCGUUUAGUCUUUGCUGGUUUGUGGCAGUGACCUUGUAUCUCUUAAACUAAAUCCAAAGUGAGCAGGGAAAGCUUAGGAUGUCUUCUUCGGGUCAAAAAAGGUUCCGGAUUUCUUCUCUUUACAAUGAUACACUACUCAUCAUGUGUUUCAGAUAUUCUCCGUCACUCCCUUUUUAUCAUAUAUAAUCUCCAACACAAUUGGUACUCCUUUCAGCCUUUGGCUUCUGCCGACAGCACUGCUACAUGUUGUCGUUUACCUUCUUAUUCUUAACAUUGGGAACUUCAGUGUUUUGGGAUUUAAGUUGUAUUUGCUUUCAUUGAAUGAACCUUUAAAAUAAAGGAGUGCAUUCAGUAUGACUCCAUGCUCUCUGUCAAGGCAAGACCCUAUAAACAAAUCCGAUCUGUCGAUUGUUUUCAUGGUGUGACUAGUUUCCUUGCCUCUUGCUAUUUGAAGUGAUGACAGGACCAUAGGCAAGUGAUGACACUCAUUCUGAUUUCAAAAACAGUCAUCUUUUAGGAAAGACAUGUUUGAAUAUAGAGACCCUUUGGAGCAACCAAUUUCCAUCACAAUGUUCAGAAGCCUUUGUGUAGUCCUUGUUGAUCGUCAUAUAUUAUUAUAAGUGGAAAGAUUCAAACUGAAAAGUUGAAUUA